AUGUCAACUAAGGAGACUAAGAGAAGAAGGGUAACAAUUGAAAAUUUAAGUCUAUCUAAUGAAGAAUCCAAUAAUAAUGGAGAGAACGGUGAAUUAAAGAAAGGACCAUGGACUACAGCAGAAGAUAACGUUUUGUUGGAAUAUGUCGAAAAAUAUGGGAAAAAAAAUUGGAACAAUGUACAGAAGAUGACUGGACUCUCUCGAUGUGGAAAAUCAUGCAGGCUGAGAUGGUUGAAUCAUUUAAAGCCGAAUUUGAUUAAAUUUGCAAUCACUCCUGAAGAAGAAAAACGAAUUGUGGAAUUACACUAUCAAAUUGGUAGCAAAUGGUCUCGCAUGGCUAGUGAGUUACCUGGUAGGACUGAUAACGACAUAAAGAACUUCUGGAACACGAGAUUGAAACGAUUGCAACGGUUAGGACAACCAAUUUAUCCUCCUGAAAUAUGUAAGGCAGUUCAGAAAAGUGAGCAAACGGAAAACAAAAGCACUAUCAUGUCAGGAUAUGGAUCUCGUAGGUAUCCUUUUCAUUUGCCAGCUGGGGUAGUGUAUACCGAUAUUCCUACGAUGAAAUUCGACGGUUUGAAAAACAAUAGUCACCCACCAGAUUAUCCUAAUGUUCUUAGUUUUUCAGUGCCACCUUUUGGAUCUUCUAAUCAAGGAUUACCCAUUUCACAACCUGCAAAGGUGUUCAAUGAAUCUGUUGCAGGUUAUAAUAAUAUCCCCUAUUCGUCGUCUGUUCAACAUAUGAAUAAUGGGAAUUUACCAUCUUCAUACAUUAAUCAAUCUCAACCAUGGCCGAUUAUGUAUAAUUGCGUCAAUCCUAUCUCAAAUGUCCAUUCUUAUCCUUUUUCUUCCCCGAGGCUGGAUGUUUUAGCCUCGAAUAAGUCGGAACUCUCUUCACUCCAAUAUAUAGAUCCUCCAAUAGAUGGUAAAUGGGAAAAACCAUUAUCCCCUAAUCCCUCUUUUGAUUCUAUAGAUGACGUUGUUAUACCCUUCCAAACUCGUGAGUUUAAUUCAGACGAUCCCACGGGUAUUCGUCGUGAAUCUGAAUGUAUGGAAAUGUGCUAUCCUACGGGCCAAGGCCAGGGCCAGCAACAGAAACUGAUGCCAACAAAUUCUAUAUUUGACAAUUAUAAGUUCGAAGACUACAGACCCUUGGAUUUAACACUGUUAUCUUCAUGCCAAUCCACUCAUAUUGGAGGAGGCAUGAUUGAAAUUAUUCCGGAGUUGGAUAAUGUGGUAAUCGAUGGAAUCAAGUUGUCUGAUUUGUAA